AUGUCUUCUACAGAGCAGAGAUCGUUCCUGGAACAGCUAGUAGCUCAUGUUGCGUUGCCUCGCAAAUUGCCCGGGAGCGAAGAUCGAAAUUUGUUUCGCAUAGAAGGAGCGAUCUCGACGCGCUUUUUGAACGCUGGCGUAAGACUUUUACACCAUGUGCUACCAGAUCAUCUACCUCACAUCAAUGGACUCAGAAAAUCACUUUCAGCCUGCACGACCCUCAAUAUCGAUGGCACUGUCACACGAGUGGCUCUGUUGAGAGAAUUUCAUGAAUUGGGAGGGCGAAAGAUGCUCGUUCUAUACAUUGCAAAUCAGAACUGCGCUGUGCUUGUUUAUGUCGUCGAUUCUGACUCUGGAGAACGCAGAGUCAUUUUCGAAGCGUUCGAGACAUCGGCAACAUCUGAACAUGUACUAGCAUCACCGGCGGCUUUACUUUGGGAUUUUCCUGGGUGCGCUGUUUCUGUACCAUGGACGAUCUUCUCGAUCGGAUCGUUUCAGGAAGCUUUGGCAAUCUUCCUAGAGCAAGCAAGUACGGAGCGCGUUUCUAAAUUCGCUGCUGUGACCCGCAAAGCAUCGGCCAUGAUACCGGAGAUCCGAAACACAAGCGAUCCAGCUUUGAUAUCAGGGUUGCUGAUGACAAUAUUGGAAGGCCAUGGCACAGCAGAAUCAGUCCCAGUGCUACGCAAGCGUGUUCGUGACAGCGUUUUAUUCGAUGAUGCUCGGAAGCCUUGGAGAAGGUCUGCCUUCUAUCUUGCAAUCAGGGUUGCUGUGCAGAGAUACUUGUACAGGCAGCUAGGGCCAAUCAUCGGAAGGGUAUAUUACAAAGUCUUCAUCUGUAUACUGCUUGAAGAGCUUUUGGAGGACGCGCUCCAUCGAGUGUCUCCGGAAAUAGCCCAUCACUUACGACAAAAGCUGGGUCGCCGUCUUGCCAAGUUGGAGUCGGACGCCAGCUCGUCUGACUCGACGACGAAGAUCACAUACUCAAACCUUAUGCGUGCUCUGAAAGGCAACUUCGAGGCCACGUUGAGAUCGACUGGUGCGCUUCUGAAAAACAGAUGGCAGAGUUACUUACAGUCGCGCGAGCCUAUGUUACCAACUCUGCGGCUACGAGCAUAUGAUACCGAAUUCCAUCUAUGCCUGCGAAACAGUGGCAGCAAGCUCAGAUCAAUGAGGGUUUCUAGCGUCAACGUAUCCAGGGAUCAGACCAUCUCGCCUUUGACACUCUUGCUUGCGUAUGAGGAGACUUUGGUCACCGCGAAGCCGUAUAUGCAAGCUCUUUUACUUCACAUGAAGACUUAUGAGCAUUUGGAACGCGUAGUCGUACCUGCUAAGCGGUCAGCAGCACCUUUUGGUCUUUUGCGUCGUGUUGAGUUAGGCGAAGUCAUUCAUGACAUCCUCACCAAGAUCAGUGCGACAGAUGCUGAUUACCCAAACCAGAGAAGUCAAAUGCUGCUUCAUAUGAUGGAAUUGUGGAUCAUAUUAGACAAAGUCAUGGUCACUGCCUACCCACUGCUUGAGGAAUACCAUCCAGGUUUCGAUCCAGACAUUCUCGACCCGAUUCAACUGUUCACUGCCACAGAUAUGCAACGUGCGCAAGAUGUGCGGGCGUAUCUUACAAAGCGAUAUCGCUCACGAUCCGGCACAGUCAGUAAGACCAUAUUUGAUGACCCUGCAGACGACUGCUUCGCAGUGCAGUACUAUGAUAGAUUUGACAUGGGAUCCGAACUUUCGGCAAUGCGAGAAGAAAUCGAAGAAAUUACAGCCACUCUCCACGCAGCCAAGCUGGAAGAGUGGAACUUUAAGAGCCAGUGCCAUGAAAAGCUGAUCGAGCAGCGCAAUGAGGCACGAUGCAUCUAUGAUGCUUUCAACACAUGGGAUGGAGGGCAAGAAUACCGACAUCGAAAGCCCUGUGCCUGGCAUGACCUGAACGCCGAGGCGAAAAAUAUGAGUAUCCAAAUCUUUGAGGAUCCACUCCCAAAUUACGAGCCAGCGGUGAAGGCAGUCUUGUUCGAAAUUUUAUGCCCAGAAGACUUUGCAGCCUACCGAGACGCUACUUGGAAGAUCCUAUCUAUGCUGUGUUUUGAAUCGAUUGAUAGCCCCGAUCGCGUCUCCCUCGUCCGUGAGUAUUCGCAACUGCGGUCUUAUACCAAUAACACGGAGUGUAAAAUUACACUCGGAUCUUACAAGAAAGCUCAUUUGGAAUCGCAUUAUGCGACUUCUGGGUUUCCUAUUCGACUGGACGAUGUUUUGCGUACUUGUGGAUUGAGACCAAGGUACUACGACACUCUUGGCAAUGUCUGGACAGGCAGUCAUGGCAAAGCCUCACUCUGGCACCACUUUCCACUGAAUUUACCAGCAGAAUCGCCUUACCAACGCCUUAACUUGUCAUAUCGCGACUGGCCUUCAUCCAAUACAAUCCAGGCGAAUCAGGUCAAUUGUCCGGAAGGUCUUAGCGUCCAUGAGUUCGCGGCAUGGCAAGGCCUAUUCGUCGGCGUCCAUUCUCGAUGGCCAGACCUCCUACGCGAACUAGGAUCUACUAAUCUCAACUUUUCUUCCACAUCUACAUGUGUCUUGGUACUUCGUUUAGUAUCUCAGCAGGGUCCAGCAAGCACCUGUGGUGACGGCUACACCGAUGUCCAUGACGCGUUACUGGACGAAACUCUCUGUACGAAGCUAUUUGAUCAAAUUCGAUAUAGGCUAGAGGCCAUACAGCGGAACUGGCGAGAGCCUGUACAAAUGAACCUUCUCAUCACAAUACUGCUUCGGGUUGUGGCUCUCACUCAGUCCGAAGUGAUACGCAAAGUUGGUGAGAAUCUUUUGGCAUACGCACGACAGAUCACCAACAAUUGGAGAGCGGAACUGCACUCGAUCGUGACAGAAGAUCCGAAGCUAUACCAGUCCGCAAUAUGGGCAUCGCUGUUGUGCAAGCAGACAAUGCAUACUCAGAGUCCAUCGCUUUCUCCAGGAAGCCUUCGCCAGUUCAUCGAUGCUUCUAUAGCUCUGCAGUAUAACCUGACCGGUGCCUUCCGAUCAAUGCCCCAACAAGUGCGCAGUUUGCUUGUGCAAGAUAUCAUUUUCUCUUACGAAAUGCGCCACGAAUUGAAGCAGGCUAUACUCACCAAUACUCAAACACUUGUCGAUGCAAUUGAUGCACUGUGGCAGAUACCAAAAGACCACCAAGUUUCUACGAGACAUGUAGCGGGUACGUGGUGGAUUCUCGUGGAAGUGGCAUCGGAGAAUUAUCAUAACAAACACUACCUUCACUACAACUACCUUCAUGGAAACCUGCUUAUAAAUGGCAAGGAGAUGGGAACACUGCCUCUAGAAAUCCGCGCCCACAAACAUUACCACCGCUUGUUUGGUCAUCGGAACCCUACAGUGUUUCCAUCUCAUCUACAGGGAAUGUCGUUCACAUUGUCAGAUACACACAAGAACGGACACCGUGUACACUUUGGUUUUCGCAAAGGCGAAUUGGUGAUACGCGUGUUUUAUCGCAAUCGACUACUGGAGUACGUUCCUUAUGAGGCAUUUGGCGAAGAUGAUGAAUCGCUUGACCUACCGAAGCCUCUGAUUGAAGGUUGUUUUCACUGGAUCGACGUUCACAAUGGAAAUGUGCAAGGUCGCUGUUCAGACCCGUGGGUCUCGCGACCAGGAGAUUGGUGGUUGAUUUGGCAUCCAUCGGGUCACUAUCGGGCGAUCCGGCGUCUGGGAAAAGCAGGAGAGGUCACUUUACUAGAGCCUCUAAGUGACAUGGCUCAGAGUAUAGCCCGAAUCUUCCAUUAUUUUGAGCAAGCAUCUCACAUUGUGGUACAUGCGUCGACGCAACGAGCCGGGGAAGUUGUAGCAGAACUCAAGCGAUUGGAACUCAUUUUCAACAUCAAUCGAGAUGGCCUGCUGGAAUCUCAACGUCUAGGCGAAAUCGUCAUGAAGAAUCAGGACGCUGGAACUUGGUAUGGGCUUAAGAGCAAAAUCGUCAUUCAAUCCAAAGUCAAUCGCCGUCAAAAGAGUAUUUUGAUACCGAUGGGCCCUAUCAAGGUCAUGAAGGACCAGUACCAUGUGGCAGUCGAAAUUGAGAUGACAUCGGGUACAUACCUCAAAUUUGGUUUGAAUGAGACUCUGGGUCGUGUGGAAUGUCCGCCUGAACCGAAACUUUUGUACACUAAAGCCCUCUUUCAUGCAUACACAUCGCAUUUUGUUCCGGACAGACUCACCGGACGUACUGGGACGGAAGAGGCACUAUACCUUCUCCAGACCGGAUGUUAUCGACCCUGGCAGCCAUUGAAAGAUCAGGAAAUCGCAACUUUGCUACGUCUGGCAAAGCUUUCCCCUCAGCGAGGAUAUUACCCAAGAGAUCUGAAGUGUAUGGAGACCGUUGUUUGGAAGCCAGAACUCACAGUCUACAUGCAAGAUGACCGAUAUCGAGCUCUUGUUUUGAGGAUUUUGCGACGGUCCUCACAUCUCUCAGAAUUCUAUGGGGAUCAACGACGUUCACAUCAAAUCGAUCUACCUCCUAGCAAUCUCCAUCUAGCUGGGAGAUCACUAUCCCUGUCCAACAUAACCAAAUCGAACAUAGGCAAUGAUGAGCGGUACUUUUCACGCGACUCUCGGACUUCAGGGCUCAGACGUUCAAAUAUCAUCACUUUGAUCAUGCAGCUUCUGUCAUGGCAAGUGUUGCCAUCCGAAGAAACCACGUUGUCAUCACUACUCCACAACGCCCACUUCGUUGGUGGCUACGACAAAUACUUUCGGAAACCCUUGUUGACUGAUCAGAUCGGAGUCGACAUCAAGGCAGAGUGGGGUGCUCUUACCCGAAAAGCACUUGAUUGCGGUAGUGAGGAUCGAUUUGGGCUCAUCUUUCUCUUUAGUGCCAUGGCUUUCUCGGAGGAUGCCAACUUGGCUUUGAUCCGUAUGCUUAUCUGCUUCGCCAUAAUACCAGAUCUACGGGGUCUCGAUCUCCCCAAACAUCCUGGAUACCACCACUUUCGUCUUGAUGGCGCACCGCCAGUCUCUUAUCUUGUUUCUCUUUUGAAAAUGAGGAUGCCCUUCAUGGAAACAGGGUUCAGAAAUCACUCGCAACUACUCACCGCUCAGGCCACUCACGAAUCAGAGAUCGAGAGGAUUUGUGCUCCUUUGGCCAAAUCCAUUCUUCGGCAGUGGCCCAAUACAAGUAUUAAUCGCGCAGAACUUGAUUUCGGUGACUCCAACCAGAUAGUCAUCGUCAAAGCUAUUGAGGAUAUUGAACCGGAGUGGGAGCGCCUCACACGAAACCACGAACUUGGCCUUUAUUUUGAAAAAGUUCAAGAAAUCAUAUGGCGUCACGCGGCUAAAUCACCAAACGAUAAUGGACUGUCAGAGCUAAAAUUGACUAUAGACGUCGAGCCAGAGCCUGGAAUUCGUUUCCCACUGAGAGACAAGCGAGAUGACGACAUGUUGUUAUCGGAUCUUUUGCGGAACACAAUGUGUCAUCAGCGAUCGUCCGCGAUGCUAUCAACACCGGUACUACCAGCAGGGUCCCACAGUAGUGCUUUGGCCACAAGGGCAAUCAAUAUCCCAGUGCAUUUCACUGGGCCCCUGAAUGUCCAGCAGAGCCAACCAACUUGUCACACCACACGCAACUUCAAGUCCUCGAAGACAACGAAGACAUGUUCACCAGAGAUCAAAAAGCUUAGAUCAAUCGCAGCUGAACUCAAGAAUUCGACAUCGUUCAUCCAAGGUCGAUAUGCAAAGGAACUUGAUACUAGUAUCACGGCUCUCGAGCAACACCUGGUGAGCAGUAAUGACCAGAACUAUAUUGUACACCCUCGUGUCGGUCCAUAUGAAAUAAGGGUAGCAAAAGACCGCGUAUGGACAAUUGCAAACAGUGUACGUGACAGCCUGCAAGCUACAUACCCACAAGCACACUGGCUUCAGCUUGUGGACCUAUGGCCAAAGACAACGAUUGUAGAACUCCUUUCUCAAUUGCGAAGCACAUCAGGAACAAAUUUCGGUAACGGGACUAAGGAAGUACUUGUGGAGCUGGGAGUUGCAAUUACCCAGUUGCAACGUUUCCUGCGAUUACAAGACGCUCAAAAACGAGGAAUAGUCCAGCAAGAACAGGCGGAGUGGACCAAUGAUGGUCAUACUAAUUGGGAAGCUCUUGAAUUUCCCGAUUGGCUCCUAAUUGAGAUCGAUGGUAAUCACCUACUUCGCAAGGAGCAAGUUCAGGUGGCUUUAGCGACAAUGAAUCCAGAUUCGGGUCAAAACUCUGUGCUCCAGCUUCUGAUGGGCAAGGGAAAGACAUCGUGCAUCUUACCUAUGGUUGCUGCCAUGCUCGCCACUCAAACCGAUCUCGUGCGGAUCGUAGUUCCUCGGGCCCUCUUACUACAGUCUGCACAAGUUCUGCAAGCCAAGCUUGGUGGCCUAGCGAACCGUGAUAUUCUGCAUAUACCCUUCUCCCGCAAGACACCUACAGACCGGAAGUUGAUGCAACUUUAUGAGAAGAUGCAAGCUCAGAUGAUGAACCGUUGCGGAGUUAUGCUUGCCUUGCCGGAGCACAUCCUCUCUUUCAAGCUCAGCGGACUCCAGCAGCUCUGUGACAAUCGAUUAGAGCAAGCAUCGGCUAUGAUCAAAAUUCAGGAUUGGCUCGAUCAACACGCGAGGGAUGUUCUCGAUGAAUGCGAUGUCUCUCUGGCAAUCAAGACUCAGCUCAUCUACCCAUCGGGAACUCAGAGUACUGUUGAUGGCCAUCCAAUGCGAUGGCAGGUAGCACAAAUCUUGCUCCAUCUCGUCAAAGAUCACGUUCUCGCUGUCCAGAACCGCUAUCCCCGCAGUAUCGAGAUCGUGAAGCGCGGUGUCGACGGGUUCCCUUUGAUUUACUUCCUUCGCAAAGAUGCCGAGGACUAUCUUUUGGAGCUGUUGGUAACGAUCAUUUGCAGAGGUCAAACGCCAUCUAUCCUCCCCUGUGCCGAGUACCCUCUUGUGAUUACAGCAGGGGUUAAGACAUACAUUAAAAGUCCAAUGGUGUCUAAUGAAACAAUCUCUAUGGUUGCUUCUUUCCUACAAGACAAACCCAAUCAGAUGAGAACAGUCAAUCUUCUCAGAGGAAUAUUUGUUCAUCGCAUACUGUUAGCUACCCUGAAGAAGAGAUGGAACGUUCAGUAUGGUCUACAUCCCACACGAGCUCCAGUCGCAGUACCUUUUCUUGCGAAGAGUGUGGCAUCACCCACGGCCGAAUGGGGCCACCCUGAUGUCGCCAUACUGCUGACAUGCUUGUCGUUCUAUUAUCAAGGUGUCACUCGGGCGCAAUUCAAGCAAGCGUUUGAACAUCUGACGAAGAUUGAUGAGCCAAGUGUUGAAUAUGAGAAGUGGUUCCCCAAGGGUUUGGACAUACCUAACGAGCUUGAAGAUUUCACUGCCAUUAACGCGGAAGACACGCGACAACUCGAAGAUCUAUAUAUUUCAGUUCGUUCGAACGCGUUCCUCGUUGACUUCUACCUGAACAACUUUGUAUUUCCGAAGUAUGCGAAGACAUUCAAACUAAAGUUACAAGCGUCUGGCUGGAAUCUGUUUCCUUCUUUGUCAAUCCAAGAUCGGCGUUGUCGGGUCACAGGGUUUUCAGGCACGAAUGAUUCUAGACAUCAACUACCAGCGUUAAUCAAACAAGCCGACCUUCCGCAGCUAGCUCAUACUAAUGCAGAAGUACCCUUCUACCUUCUGGCGCCCCGAAAUUCUUCGUACGUACGCAUGGUUCACUCUCCAAGUGAGAAGCGCUGGACAGAGCUUGAUCUUUUAUAUCGACUUGCCCACUCAUUUAGAUACGGGCAUGGUUUCUCUAGUCAGCCAGGCAGGAUUAGAGUCCUGAUUGACGCGGGUGCGCAGAUUCUGGAACAUUCGAACGAAGACUUUGCCAAAGCUUGGCUUGCGAUAGAUACUGAAGCCGCGGCUGCUGUCUACUUCGACGAUGAGCAUCGUGCUUGGGCAUUAUCUCGUCUCGGAAACAAGCGCGUUCCGCUAUUAGCAUCUCCCUUCGCCGAUAACCUAGAGCUUUGUGUAGUGUACCUAGACGAGGCACACUGCCGAGGGACCGAUUUGAAGCUACCUGUCAACGCGAGGGCUGCGUUGACUCUAGGUCAGAACCUCACUAAGGAUGCGAUGGUACAGGCUAGCAUGCGCCUUCGACUGCUAGGACAGACCCAAUCGAUUAUGUUCUUUUCCCCGCUCGAGGUACACCAAGGUAUCUUGGAUUGUCUACAAGAGAGCCAGGCUUACCAACCGCAAUCGGCCGAUGUAUUGCGCUGGGUGUUCAGUCAAACCUGCGACGCGAUUGAGCAGUUGGAGCCAUCUUUCUUUGCCCAGACAUCGCAGUACAUGUUUCAGGAACAAGCAAGGGUUGACUAUCCGCACUAUCUUGAAGACUCUCAAGAGCGACAGGCAUUUCUGGAAGCUGUUCGACUUAAAGAAUCACUCUCGCUCAAACAGCUCUACGAACCUAAGCGCAACCGUGGACUCGGCCGCACAGAAAAACAAUGGACAGGUUCGCUACAAGGUAUUGCAGUAGAGUUAAAGCGUCGUAAGAAGCACUUCCAAGAUCGCGGUACAGCUGUCCACGCCUCAGCAUUGGAAGAAGUAGAAAUUGAGCAGGAGCGUGAAGCUGAGCGUGAAGUGGAGAUUGAAGUGGAAAACGUUCGUGAGGUCCAACAGGCCAUCCACUUGACGGCAUUGAAGGUCAAGGAUCUGCACGAAGAUGUUAAGCAUUUUGCGGUAUUUGGCAGACUGGUAGCAGGCAGUGAUGCUUACAAACCAUUGUUUGCGGUCCUCGCUCAGACAGCGUUGGGACUUAAGCACGCCGUCAAUGUCGCGAUGAAAUCGAAGCUCUGGAUUUCCGCGCAGUUCACUCGGACGGUCGAAAGUUACACGCCCACCGACAAUUAUCUACGGGUGCCUCAGUGGGUCCUAUGGAGCUCUGUCAGCCAAAAUGCUCUCAUUGUGAGUCCUGAGGAAGCCAACCAACUCAUCCCGCUCCUGAGGGGAAGGAAGGCACGCGGCGCAGACGUGAAUGUGCACCUUAUCUCUUAUGCUGCUCCGGUCACUCGAAGGAUGCUACACUUCAAUCGCCUUGACUAUCACGCAACACCUCCUUUGCCCACCGACUUUGAGGCUCCACUCUGGCUCACAGUUGAGCUGGGUAUCUUCUCUGGCCGCUUGUAUCUAGAGUGGCGCGAGUAUCAUGAGCUGCUCAGUUAUCUAGGUUUAGAGAAGAAUCUGUCUGCCAGUGAGGACAGAGGAACCUUCGCAAAAAAACCUCUCACAUUCCUACAUGAGUGGCUCGCUCUCCGACGCAAGGGUCAAGACUUUGAACACACUCCUAUGGGCUUCGUCACCACGGGCAAACCACUCACAGAAAAUCACCCAUUCUUCCGCUCAUUCGCCGACAGUGCCGACUCCGAUAUCCGACAUCAAGUUGCACGUCACACUUCAGCUCCCGGAGAAGAGGCAGUGGAUGGGUCUGAUGAGGGUGAUCAGGAUGACGAGGAUUUCGUGCCUGUUGAAAAGCAUGAUGAUUCUGAGGAGAUUAGUGAUGAGGAGGUGUUCGUCGAUGCUUUGGAAACUUCAGAGUAG